UUUAUGUUAACUGUUAUUGCAAUAGUAUUUCAAAAUGAAGACAUCAAUACUUCUGUUUGGAAUACUUUUAUUAACUGUUAGUCAGUCAGUUUCUCACUUGAUAAAGAGAGAUACAGAAAAUAACAGCAUUGAAGAAAGCCAAUCACCGGGAUUAAAUCGGAUUCUGAAAGAUAUUUCUAACAGCGCUGAAAUAUUUAUGCAUUUGACUACGGGUGAGGCUAAUGUAGAAGAAUUUGUUAAAAGUUUGCAGAACCUUACGAAGGAUAUUGAAAAGCAAUUAUCACUUUUGAGUAUUGCAAGUGAAAUUCCUAUAUUUGGCAUUUUCAUAAAACCUUUCAUUUUACUUCUGCAGUCUUAUGUUAGCCGAAUUCCAGUACUUGGAUUCCUAUUAAGCCAAAUACUUGUUGGACCAAGGGAUCCACAACAUCGAGCACACACAAGUUGACUAUGAAAUGUGAUUAAUACCAAUGAUUUCUUUAAUGUUAUUACUCAUAUUAGAUAUAACUAAUUUUAAUAACUUCUUAUGAUAUGUAAGUACAUAUUAUUUUAUAAAUAAAUAUCCAUACGCACCA